AUGGCGUUAUCUAAACCACGAAUAGCACCGUUAAAUGUACCAUUUGUACGAAGAAGACAAACUGCCGUCGUAUUCAUAUGGCUCGCGUCUUUACCCGUCACCUUAUUUGUGUUCUUUCUAGCGUGCACAAGUCCGUUCAUGUGGCCUUUUAUCGUUGCGUAUUUGCUGUUUGUUUUGUUUGAUAUAGCGCCGGAAAAUGGUGGACGUCGCGUAGAAUUUAUGCGAAGACUGUCCUUUUGGAAAUGGUAUGCUGAAUAUUUUCCUAUAAAGUUGAUUAAACAAGCUGAUUUAGAUCCAACAAAGAAUUAUGUAUUUGGUUAUCAUCCACACGGUGUUAUUUCAGUAGGAGCAUGGACAAAUUUUGCCACAGAAGCAAACAACUGCUCAGGAUUAUUUCCCGGAAUCAAGUUUCAUUUAUUGACAUUAGCCUCGAAUUUCAAUAUCCCGUUAUACCGCGACUACAUAAUGGCACAAGGAUGCGCGUCAGUGUCACGACAAUCGUGUGAAAAUAUAUUGAAAGCUGGUCCGGGCAGUUCGAUUGUUAUUGUGGUUGGUGGGGCUGGUGAGAGUUUAAACGCACAUCCUGGUCAUUAUAAUUUAAUAUUAAAAAAACGAUUGGGCUUUAUCAAGUUGGCCAUUCGUAAUGGUGCCUCACUUUGUCCUAUUUUCUCCUUUGGCGAGAAUGAUCUAUGGGAACAAGUUCCAAAUGAUGAAGGAACUUCAGUUUGGAAAUUGCAAAAACACAUGAAAAAACUUUUGGGAUUCACUCUUCCAUUAUUUCAUGGUCGUGGCAUAUUUAUCUAUGAUAUUGGUGUGAUGCCACAUAGAAGACCUCUAGUGACAAUUGUUGGUAAGCCGAUUGAAGUCAAACAAAAUGAUAAUCCUACAGAAGAAGAGAUUUUAUCAAUUCAAAAACGAUAUAUUGAAGAACUUUAUAACAUUUGGAAUCAGUAUCGUGACAUUCACGCUAAGAAUAGAAAGAGCGACUUGGAAAUUAUAGAAUAG